AUGGCAACAAGAGAUUGUGUUGUCGAGACCUUCAUGAAGAAUUACGCUAAUGGUGGAUACCUGGUAUACGAGAAAGUGAGCGAGCGAGGAAAGGAUGCUUCUAAACGACGGCAAAGCCUGUUUCCCGGAUAUUUUGCUCGCCACUACAGGGUCCGCCUAAAGGAGGACGAUGUCACCGAGCCCGCAGUCGCUGGGAAAACACUCGAGGUAUGCAUUACGAGCUCAUCUAUAAGCCGAGACCCGGGAUCCCGCCGGCAGACGAGGACGACGAACGGCUACAAGAAUGAAAGUGGUGCAUCUCUUGUUGACAUGAUGCUCGUCUCGGUCGUCGACCACGGCGACUUCAAGGUCCUGGAGUCGGAGCUACGAGUAUCGCCGCCACACGAUGUUGCCCGGCAGCUUGGCAAGUCGGAAACGGCGAGGCUCGGCCGCGGCGACUUUCCCGGCCCGUACCCGUCAGGCCAAGACUUCUUGGCGAUCCUCCAUCCGGCGGCCACCAACACGGAUCCGAGAACCUUGGCCAUGUUGCGCGGCUUCUGCGACUACCUGCUAGCAUGGGAAGACAGAACAUGGAAGCUGCACUGCGCCAUUUCUAGGCUCGGCUACUUUGAAGUCCAACAAGCGCGUGGUGGCUUCUACUACAACACGGGAGGAGGAGCGGACAUGGAUGUAGAUGAGUUUGCCAUCACAUCGUGCCCUCUAGCCUUGGUCCGCCUCCUCGACUAUUCCAACGAGAACCAGGACAAGGCGCUCGCCGGGUCCUUCAAACUGCUCGAGCAUGCCGAGAAAUGCAACAACGCGACUCUGGGCUACAGUCGACAUUAUCCCAUCUUCCCAAGGACCAUCGGGAUUGCCGGCGCUCCUAUGUUAUCCAGAGGCCAAGACGGCCAGCAGCCAACGGCAGCAGCGUGUGCGCAUGGGAGACAGAUGAUACGGAGCCGCCGGGGGUGCUCGUGCAUGUGGACUUUUGCAAAGUACGGGAGUACCUGGAUCGUCUUGGUGGCCACGAAAUUUCCGGUUUUGCCAUACAAAGAACUAAAACGAGUCUAUGUCAAGUAG